AUGUCUGAUGCAGAUCCAUAUAUCCUAACAAAGCUCUCUGAGCAUGUGUCACAACACCUGAACAAAUCACUUGAUCAAGCCGUGGAGAAUCUAUCUUUGAGACUCCAGGACACGGCUAAAGAUGCUAUCGCUGAUACUAGAGAAAUCAAUACCAUUAUUGACCAGGCGGUUAGAGAAGCCGUUGAGAAGGCAUUCGAGAAGUCUGUGGUAACGGAAGUUGAGCCUUCUUCGGUACAAUCAGAGUUUAAAUUCUCACCUCCCCGAAAUUCUAAUUUCGUGGGCCGCUCUUCAACUCUGGCAAAACUACUCAGCCUAUGGAAACCAGAUCAAAAGAGUCGAUUGGCAGUAGUUGGACUUGGAGGAAUAGGGAAAACCGAGCUUAUUACUGAGCUUGUCUACCAAAUUAGAGAAGCAUCACCCGCAUCAAUAUAUUGGUUUGGGCCUGGAAACUUGCUUGCACCUUCUGUCGAUGGACAUGAACCAUUAGAAAAUUGGCUACGGCCUGGACGAGACUCCGCAAGUUUGUUGGUUGUUGAUGCCGGUGAUAAUUUUGAUUUUCUGCUGCAGCAAGCUGAGCAUGGUAGACUGAUUGACAGGCUGCAAAGGUUCGAAGGUGCCAUCAUACUCAUUACAAGGACCAAAUCGAACGGGUGUCUCUUAAGUGGCCCCCACAAUAUCUUUGAAGUGGGAUGUCUCGAGCUCGAACCAACAAUGUGUUUAUUACGAGACAGGUUGACCGUUGACCUAUUCGAUAAUUCGACUGACGAGCAACUUCGCGAAAUCGCCCUUCUUGUUAAUUGUCUACCAAGAGCCAUUGUCCAGGUCUCAAACUUACUCAACGAUACCUCGAUGAAACUGUCGCAAUUCAUCUCCAUAUACCGGACAAAUGAUCAGUUCAAACUACGACUGCUGAGUUCGGUAGCUCCGCUCUUUACAAUAUCGGAAGAAGAAUCUGUUAUUGGAAAUGGCGUCAUGAAUGCUAGAAAAUUUCGAUUAACUUACCCUAUGGCAGCUCGUAUUCUUCAUCAUCUAUAUUAUCUUGGCGGAAAUGCAGUACCACGCUCUAUCAUCUGCUCGUUGGUUGAUCCUCUUGAUCUCAUUGUCGUAAUGUGCAUCUUGAAGGGGAAUUUCCUCGUCACAGAGGACGAUACUAGCGAGACAUACAGCAUGCAUCCCUUGGCCUUCUUGUCGCUUAAGAAGGUAAUUACCAGCGAAAGAUCAGAAGCAGAAGAAGUUGAGAUCGAGCAAGAGCUGGAAUGGUACACACAAGCAGUUGUUGCCUUUGGGAAUCAUUACCCUGACUCGAAUAGCAAGGAUCGAGAAUGGUGGAAGAAAUGCUUCGAACGGUUCCUUGGUGAUGGAAGCAAGAACAGUGAUUCUGUACGAAUUGCGCUGGCUUUGGUCUACAACAAAGAAUCCAAACAUCUUGUUCGCAUGGGCCUCUACAAUGAUGCUUUGAAGAUGGCAACACACGCAGUUGAUACUUUACCCGAGGCAAUACCACACGAGCAUCUUAAUGUGCUUCAACAUCAUCUUUCGCUACUCGACCUACUAGCCAAGUAUGGAGAGCUUAGAGAUGCUUUGCAGACGUAUACCGAAGAACAGCCAGAUGAGUUGUGGAAGAAACGCGUUGAAGGCAUCCUGUACCUAUCAGAAGGUACCAACAAAUCUGAUGUCGUUGACAUUUUCCGCCAGAUUCGCCGUACAAAAGAGUCCAUGAAUGCUCCGGAAAGUGAUUUAUGUACCAGCAUUGACGACUAUGGGGCGGCCCUGAUGCUGAUUGGCAAUUACCAAGCUGCUGAAAUAGAAUUUUCGACAGCUUUUAGGAAAAGGGCAACAUUUUUAGGAACCAAUCAUCCCGACACUCUCAUCAGUUGCCAACACCUUGCAAAUGUACUGCACAAGUCUGGCAGGUUUAAUGAUGCCCUUAGAUUUGUGGAAGGUGCCAUACGUGGAAGCCAGAUGUCUCAAGGCGACGAGCAUCCUCAAACUCAAUACAUCAAAAGUCUUAAAGCACGGAUUCUACUGUCCAAAGCCGUUUCAUCGUCUGAUUACAAUGAAGUCGAAUCUCUUCUUACCAAUGCUGCCGACGUUCUCACUACUCACCUAUCUGACUCUCAUCCUCUGGUUUUGACUUGCAGGAGCAACAUUGCACUAGUGAUGCUAGCACAAGGGAGAUAUGAUGAAGCUUUAACCAUGAACCGUGCUGUUUUGACCGCAAGAGAACAUGGUCCAUGGUUAGAUCGUGAGCGGCACCCGGACAUACUGACAAGUCGACACCAGAUUGCAGAAUGUCUGAGGCUCAAAGAAGGAUGUCAUGCUGCUCAGAGUUUGAGUUCCCAAGUUCUGGUUGAUAGAACGCAAAUAUACACCGAAGGAACUUUCGAAAGCGAUGACUUUCAUCCCGAGCAGCUCACGAGUCUCCACCUCCAAGCUCUCAUCCUUGCUGGCCUUGGUCAACAUAGCGGAGCUCUCCAUAAAAUGGAUCUUGUGUUGAUUGGUAGGAAACGCGUUCUCGGAGAGUCACAUCCGGAUUAUCUUAAUAGUCUCACCUGCCGAGGUGAAAUCAUACGUGGGCAGCUCCCCCUUGAACAAGGGCGGGAGGAGAUGUUGGACACUAUCGACGCGCUUCAUGGAAAAGCUUUGGAGGGCCUUACUCGAGUAUUUGGUUCUCAGCAUCACUGGACACUUCAGUGCCUAUCUUACAUGGCAGCUGCAAAGCGUGAACGCGGCGAUGCUUUGAGUUACACCGAGGCCGCUGGGCUGUAUCGUCAUAUCUCGCGAGCUUAUGAGGGAAACAUGGGUGACCUCCACCCUGAAACUGUCAGGGCGAAAGCCCAUCUCGCUGAAGUGAUGCAUCUUUUGGGAAACCGUCCUGAAGAAGCCAAAAAGGUCUUCAGAGAGGCUUGCGCUGGACUUGCGAAGGUAUUUGGAUCAGAUGCCCAUGCUACUAUCACCGCGUAUAGAGGGUAUGAAAAGUUUGCUAAGGAUCUUUCUGAUCCGGUCUAA